AUGGGUCAUCGUAGGCCCAAACUCAUUAUGAAGCGGUUGCCUGAUAAUUAUCUUAAAAGCGCCGGUGAAUCCAGAAGUCUCUGGUACUUCUGCGUGGCGAGUUCCCCGUCUUUCCACAUCUCCGUGUCGAGUCCUCUCUCGAAAUGUCUUGUUUCUCCGUCUUUCUUGGGACAUACGGUUAAAAACGCCGUCGUUACGGUUCCCGCUUAUUUUAAUGACUCGCAAAGACAAGCGACUAAGGACGCGGGUUCGAUCUCGGGGUUAAACGUUUUGAGGAUAAUUAAUGAACCAACCGCUGCUGCUAUUGCUUACGGUUUAGAUAAAAAGGGGACGCAAACCGGUGAGAGGAACGUUUUGAUAUUCGAUCUUGGCGGUGGAACGUUUGAUGUUUCUUUGUUGACUAUUGAAGAAGGUGUGUUUGAAGUCAAAGCUACUGCUGGUGAUACUCAUCUCGGAGGUGAAGACUUUGACAAUAGACUAGUGAACCAUUUCGUUGCGGAGUUUAGGAGGAAACACAAGAAGGAUAUAAGCGGGAACGCUAGAGCGUUGAGGAGGUUGAGAACGGCGUGUGAGCGUGCUAAAAGGACGCUUUCUUCAACGGCACAGACCACUAUAGAGAUUGAUUCAUUACACGAAGGUGUUGACUUCUACGCGACGAUAUCACGCGCGAGGUUUGAGGAGAUGAACAUGGAUUUGUUCAGGAAGUGUAUGGAUCCCGUUGAGAAGGUUUUGAGGGAUGCCAAGAUUGAUAAGAACCGUGUUCACGAGGUGGUUCUUGUUGGAGGUUCGACGAGGAUUCCGAAGAUUCAGCAGCUUUUGCAGGAUUUUUUUAACGGGAAGGAGCUUUGUAAGAGUAUAAACCCUGAUGAAGCUGUUGCUUAUGGAGCCGCUGAUAAGACGGCUGGUGUGAAGAAUCAGAUCACGAUCACGAAUGAUAAAGGGAGGUUAAGUAAAGAGGAGAUUGAGAAGAUGGUGCAGGAUGCGGAGAAGUAUAAGGCGGAGGAUGAGCAGGUGAAGAAGAGAGUGGAGGCUAAGAACUCGCUUGAGAAUUAUGCUUAUAAUAUGAGGAACACUGUUAAGGAUGAGAAGCUUGCGCAGAAGCUGGAUCAGGAAGAUAAGGGGAAGAUUGAGAAGGCGGUUGAUGAGACUAUUGAGUGGAUUGAAGGGAAUCAGUUGGCGGAGGUUGAUGAGUUUGAGUAUAAGUUGAAAGAACUUGAGGGGAUUUGUAGUCCGAUUAUCUCGAAGAUGUAUCAGGGAGGAGGUGGUGGUGGAGUUCCUAAUGAAGGUAUGCCUGGAGACGGUGCAGCAGGUGGCUCUGGUGGUGGUGCUGGUCCAAAGAUAGAAGAGGUUGAUUAG